AUGACCGGCAGCGAUACACGGGUUGUCUCCGUCCAGCGACUCAACCAGGGACCGGGAGACCGGUCUCUGGCUGAGUGGUGGGCGGACGAGCGCAAGGACCAAACGCCUGAAUCUAAGGCUAUCGAAGAAGCUGCCCAGAUCCUUCGCUCUAGUGAUGUCCCUGUCGCUUUCCCCACGGAGACGGUGUAUGGACUCGGUGCCGACGCUACUCGCAGCGUCGCCGUUCAGGGCAUCUAUCGAACAAAGCAGCGGCCCUCUGACAACCCGUUGAUCGUUCACGUUGAUUCUCUGGAGAUGCUGGAUCGUCUUUUGAACCCCGAAAACCCUUCAAGCCCUAGCGCAACCAAGACAGCGCGUGCCUCUAUCCCUGCGAUUUACAAGCCGCUUAUCGAUCGUUUCUGGCCCGGCCCUCUGACCAUCAUUCUUCCCAACCCUUCUGGAUCCCAGCUGGCUCCCGAGGUCACCUCGAACCUAACGACCUUUGGCGCACGCAUGCCGUCUUUUCCUUUAGCUCGUUUGCUCAUCCACGCAACGAAUCGUCCACUCGCCGCGCCGUCGGCUAAUGCAUCGACCAAGCCCUCUCCUACAACGGCGCAGCAUGUUUAUCAUGAUUUGCACGGACGCAUUGGAUUAGUCCUUGACGGCGGCCCAUCCGGCGUCGGCGUCGAGAGCACCGUCGUAGACGGACUGUGCGGCACACCAGCCAUUUUGCGCCCCGGCGGCAUCGGCAUUGAAGAGUUGCGACAGUGCGCCGGCUGGGAAAACGUCACAUUAGCCUACAACGACGGAACCUUCGAUGUGAAGGAGAUCCCGCGUGCCCCGGGCAUGAAGUACCGACACUACUCCCCGAAAGCCCGUGUCGUGCUCUUCGAAGCGGGGUCCAGCCCGGCAGGGGUGGCUCGUCAUGUCCAGAGAGACCUGCACGACACUGCCAUUCACGCGCACAACAUCGGCAUAGUGCGUACCCGGCAUUGGAAGCAGGGACUGGAUCUUGCCCCGGAUAGCGUCCUCGCAAAGAGUCUCCAGCCCGUCGACGCCGCCAUCGAAAACCUGUUCAGCUUCCCUCUGCCCGUGCAGGAGACUGGUAGCCCCAACAGGCGCACCAAGCUAGCCUACGACUACCACCUUGGCUCCGAUACUGUCUCAAUUGCACAUGGGCUAUUUGCCGCGCUGCGCGCGAUCGAUGAGUGCGAUGUUGAUGUGAUCUACGUGGAGGGGAUAUCGGACAAGGACGGCGACUUGGCUGCGGCAGUCAUGAACCGGCUACGGAAGGCUGCCGGCGCGGAAAUGAAGGCGUAG